CGCCGUCGGACCACACUCCCCCCGUGUUGUUCUCUGCAAUGUCCAAUAUGGAGUCGACCAAACAGAAUGUGUCCCAGACCUUUCAGGUUGCUGGAGUGGUGUCGUUCUACAUGGCCGCCGCGCUGGUGAUGGUCUUCGUUAACAAGGCCGUCUUGAAUUCUUCUCCAGAUCUACCGCUGCUGUUCCUCUUGAACCAGCUGGUCCUUGCGGUUAUUCUGCUGCACAUCUCCGCUCUCAUUACGCCAAAAGUAGAGAUCCCACACUUAGACUUCAAGACCGCGAAGAAGGUGGCACCGGUGACGCUGGUCAAUGUUAUCGGGCUCGUUUUCAAUAUUUUGUGUCUCCGAGGAGUCGAGGCCUCAUUCUUCCAGAUCGCGAGGGGACUCGUGCUACCCCUUACCAUUGCAGUCUCGUCGAUCCAAACUCACAACGUGCCUUCUCGACGCGUCUUGCUUGCCGCCGGUGUCGUGACGCUUGGUUUCGUUCUCGGCGUCGCGCCUCACACGUUCGCGAACAUCCAAUGGCGCUCUGCUCCCAGUGGGCUCUCGAUUUUUUACGGCGUCCUCUCGUCUCUCUUCAUCGCUGUUCACGCUGUGCUUAUCAAGUCGUCGCUGCCGCAUGUCCACAACUCGACUAUACAAUUAGCCUACUGGCAGAAUCUCGGCUCUGCCCUCUUUUUGGCACCUUUUAUUCUCAUCCAAGGAGAGUAUGGACUGCUCCGAGUACUGAUGAACAGCCGGGACUGGAACGCUGGCGUGUUCGUCUGGGGCAGCAUCAUCACGGGCGUGUUCGGGUUCCUGCUUUGCGUAGCGGGCCUGCUGAGCAUCAAAGUGACAAGCCCCAUCACCCACAUGUUCUCGAGCGCGGCUCGCUCUGUCAUCCAGACGCUGCUAGGCGUAUGGCUGUUCAAUGACCUUUUUACCAGUAAUCGCGCACUCUCGAUUCUGAUCAUUGCGUUGGGAACCAUGUACUAUACAUGGGUCAAAUCUGUCGAAUCAGCCCCGCCGCGCUCCAGCGUUCCCCCUCGGGACCCUGUUGAUCUCGAGAAGGCGGAAAGCGCUCUGGCGAAACAUACAGCCGAGCUAUCGUCGCGCGGACCUCAACAGUAAUUUGUAGUAGGAAGGGAUGGUCAGCUCCAAACAGACAUUCUGGACUUUCAUAGACUCUAUGACCGGAAGCACACGGAAUCUGCUGUCACUCGUAGCCUCGAAGCUAUUCGUUUACGAUACCAUGAUAUUCUAUUCGAUGACCAACUA